AUGCCUCUUGGUGUCUGGAAGUGGGUCACAGAGAUGGCUCGGUGGCUUCGUCUCAACAGAACCAACAACUUCUGCCGUGAACUCCUCAUGCGUUAUUCAUGGCGGCACCACGGGCUCGGUGUAACGCAGAAUUAUUUUGGACACAGAAGAGUCCCCCUCCUCUCUGCUCCUCCUCUCACUUCCCUCCUCCCCAGACCUCGUCUCCUCCCCUCCUCUCUGCUCUAUCCCUCGCCUCCUUCUCUCACAUCCUUCUCUUGGCUCCUCACCUCCUCCCCUCAUCUUCCUCUGUUCAACACCUCACCUCCCAUUUUUCUCUCCUCCUCCUCCUCUUAUCUCUUCCUCUCUCUUCCUCCCCUCACCUCCUCUUUCCUUCUCACCUCUACCUCUCACCUCCUCAUCCACUCUGCUCCCCCCUCACUUCCCAUCACCUCCUCUGCUCUAUCCCUCGCCUCCUUCUCUCACAUCCUUCUCUUUUGCUCCUCACCUCCUCCCAGAUCACCCUCACUGUUCCCCCUCUCACUUCCCCUCUCUGCUCCUUCUUUCAGCACCUCCCCACACCUCCUCCUUCUCACCUCCCCCUUUCUGCUCCUCCUCACAGGUGUCGUGUCGUAA